AUACAUAACCCGGAUGCAGAAGCCCAUGUGCAGUCCUGUCUUCACGCAGCUCCACUCGGCUGUCCUCUCCUCCAGUCUUGUCGCUCCCUGUGGUGUGCUCGCAGCGUUUAACAAGCUUUUACCUCGCAGAAAUGUUUCGUCUACCCACCGUCAUGAAGCAGGUGAGGCCCGUGUGCCGGGCGCUGGCUCCUCACCUCACAAGGGCGUACGCCAAGGAUGUGAAGUUCGGGGCGGACGCCCGCGCCCUCAUGCUGCAGGGCGUGGACCUGCUGGCCGACGCCGUGGCCGUCACCAUGGGGCCAAAGGGUCGAACCGUCAUCAUCGAGCAGAGCUGGGGCAGUCCCAAGGUCACCAAGGACGGCGUGACCGUGGCUAAAAGCAUCGACCUGAAGGACCGGUACAAGAACAUCGGAGCCAAGCUGGUGCAGGACGUGGCCAACAACACCAACGAGGAGGCCGGCGACGGCACGACCACAGCCACGGUGCUGGCGCGCGCCAUCGCCAAGGAGGGCUUCGACAACAUCAGCAAAGGCGCCAAUCCCGUGGAGAUCCGCCGCGGAGUCAUGAUGGCCGUGGAGACGGUCAUCAACCAGCUGAAGGAGCUCUCAAAGCCUGUCACAACCCCAGAGGAGAUCGCACAGGUCGCUACCAUCUCAGCCAACGGAGACGUGGAAAUCGGCAACAUCAUAUCCAACGCCAUGAAGAGAGUUGGCCGCAAGGGAGUCAUCACAGUGAAGGAUGGGAAGACGUUGCAGGACGAGCUGGAGAUCAUUGAGGGGAUGAAGUUUGACCGUGGUUACAUCUCCCCGUAUUUCAUCAACACCGCUAAAGGCCAGAAGUGCGAGUUCCAGGAUGCCUACCUGCUGCUGAGCGAGAAGAAGAUCUCCAGCGUCCAGAGCAUUGUGCCGGCCCUGGAAAUCGCCAACCAGCACCGCAAACCUCUGGUCAUCGUGGCUGAGGAUGUGGAUGGAGAGGCGCUGAGCACCCUGGUUCUGAACAGGUUGAAGGUUGGACUUCAGGUGGUUGCCGUCAAAGCUCCAGGAUUCGGAGACAACAGGAAGAACCAGCUGAAGGACAUGGCGGUCGCCACCGGUGGCACGGUGUUUGGUGACGAGGCUCUAAGCCUGGCUCUGGAGGACAUCCAAGCUCACGACUUCGGCAGAGUGGGCGAGGUGCAGAUCACUAAAGACGACACCCUGCUGCUGAAGGGCGGAGGCAGCCCCGCCGACGUGGAGAAGCGGGCGGCGGAGAUCGUGGAGCAGCUGGAGAACACCACCAGCGACUACGAGAAGGAGAAGCUCAACGAGAGGCUGGCCAAGCUGUCUGACGGCGUGGCCGUUCUGAAGGUGGGGGGGACCAGCGACGUGGAGGUGAACGAGAAGAAGGACCGUGUGACGGAUGCCCUGAACGCCACCCGGGCGGCUGUAGAGGAGGGGAUCGUCCCCGGUGGAGGAUGUGCCCUGCUGCGCUGCAUCCCUGCCCUGGACGCCCUGAAGACGGCCAACAGUGAUCAGAAGAUCGGCGUGGACAUCAUCAGGCGGUCGCUCCGUAUUCCUGCCAUGACCAUCGCCAAGAACGCUGGCGUGGAGGGCUCCCUGGUGGUGGAGAAGAUCCUGCAGGGAUCUCCUGAAAUGGGCUACGACGCCAUGCAGGGAGAGUACGUCAACAUGGUGGAGAAGGGCAUCAUCGACCCCACCAAGGUGGUCCGGACGGCGCUGAUGGAUGCUGCGGGAGUUGCCUCUCUACUUUCCACCGCUGAGGCCGUCGUCACGGAGAUCCCCAAGGACGAAAAGGAGAUGCCAGGAGGCAUGGGUGGCAUGGGAGGCAUGGGCGGAAUGGGAGGAAUGGGGGGCGGCAUGGGCUUCUGAGCCAGGCCUCCACACCUUGUACAGACUGAAUCAUCAGAUUUGAGCUGGAGGUGGAGGACGGACUCCUCUGCCCAAAUUGGUUAGGAUUCUUUUGGAGCUCCGAAUGGUUCGACGGCUCAGUGGACUUGGAGCUAACAGCCCAUCUGGUGCACCAGAGCCCUCCUUAAUAUUCCACACUGGCACAAAACUCAUCAUGUGACUUGCUCAGAGGGAAGCGCUAACACAGGUUCAUUAAAGGGAUGGUUGGACUUUGUUUCAGCCUGGUGGGGGUAAUUUCACCCGCCCCAAACCGUCUGUAGAGAAAGAAGUUCUGAAUCGCUGUGUGUUUGUUGCACGGGAUUCAAUGAUCAGACUUUUUGCUCCAAAGUUCUGAUCUCUAAUUUUCCAAACCAAUCUGGUUGCGUUGCCUCUGGUCUGAGGGUUGAGGAGCGGGUUCCAGCAGGCUGAAACAACCCAGAACCAUUCUUUAGUGGACCACAGAGAGCAGGCCUUCAAUGCUGAUGUCUGGAUUUUUAUUUUCUAGUAGUGUUCUGUUAAUUCCUGUUUUGUUUUUGUAAUAUACAUGUCUGUCAUCAUUGAUCUGAAUUAAAGCAGUUUUCUUACAGACUGA